GCUGAGGCCACGCUGCAGGGCUCACACCUGAUUCCAUGAGAUUUUGGCUCUCCAGCCCCCCGAGGCCUGCCCUGGCCCAGCAGAUGUUGGUGGGAGAGGAAUGGUGUUAAUCCCCAGCGCUACCACCUACCGAGUCCACUCCCCUCACAACUGACCUCCAGCCAGUCUGCUGCCCUGACCUGUGGAGCCCCUUCACUCGUGCUCAGACAGUGGUUUUGACCAUGAGUCAUGAGGAAUAAACCAAAGCACUGAAGGUCAUCGUCCCAAGGAAAUCGUUAUCUACAUUAACAAGAUUAGUAUAAAAAAGGCACAGGAAGAUGUAGUGUUCCGGCGGGAGGCGCAGGAGCCGGAGCGAGUGCUGGGCCAGGGGCUCCAGGCAGGAUUUCUCUCCCUGCCACAGCCUCACCAUGUCCAAGAGGGGCUCCAGCAGCCGGGCCAGGGGGGACAAGCCGGACGCCUUGGCCGCCCUGCAGGCUGCCAAUGAGGAGCUCAGGGCCAAGCUCACUGACAUCCAGAUAGAGCUCCAGCAGGAAAAGAGUAAGGUCAGCAAGUUGGAAAGAGAAAAAAACCAGGAGGUGAAGCAGAUCAAGGAGCACGAACAGCAUAAAAGUACCGUGGUGGUCACAGAGCUCAAAGUCAAACUGCACGAGGACAAAAUGAAGGAGCUCCAAGCUGUUCGAGAAGCACUUCUGAGACAGCACGAAGCUGAGCUGCUCAGAGUAAUAAAAAUCAAGGACAAUGAAAUCCAGAGACUGCAGACCCUGCUCAACGCCGUGCGGGAUGGGGGUCCCGACAAGGUGAAAACGGUGCUGCUCUCGGAGGCCAAGGAGGAGGCCAAGAGGGGCUUCGAGGUGGAGAAAAUCAAAAUGCAGCAGGAAAUUUCCGAGCUGAAGGGGGCUAAGAAACAAGUGGAGGAGGCUCUAACUAUGGUCAUCCAAGCUGACAAAAUCAAAGCAGCGGAGAUCAGGAGUGUGUAUCACCUGCACCAGGAGGAAAUCACCAGGAUCAAGAGGGAGUGCGAGAGGGAGAUUCGUAGACUGAUGGAGGAGAUUAAGUUUAAGGACAGAGCAGUCUUCGUGCUGGAGAGAGAGUUAGGGGUGCGAGCCGGGCAUGCUCAGAGACUGCAGCUCCAAAAGGAGGCUUUAGAUGAACAACUGUCCCAGCUCAAAGAGUCUGACCGGCAUCUGAGCAGCCCCAAGCGGGAACUUCCUUAUGCAAGUGGUGCAGGAGACGCUUCAGAUCAUUCGGGAAGCCCCGAACAGCAGUUGGAUGAAAAGGAUGCCCGGCGCUUCCAACUGAAAAUCGCGGAGCUGAGCGGCAUCAUCAGGAAGCUGGAGGACCGGAACGCGCUGCUGUCAGAGGAGAGGAACGAGCUGUUAAAACGUCUCAGAGAAGCAGAAAGUCAGUAUAAGCCCAUUCUGGACAAGAACAAACGCCUUAGUAGGAAGAAUGAGGAGUUGUCACAUGCCUUACGUCGAAUGGAAAAUAAACUGAAAUUUGUGACACAAGAAAAUAUCGCAAUGAGGCAAAGAACUGGAGCAAUAAGGAGACCAAGCUCCUUAAAUGACCUUGACCACAGCCAGGAAGAAAGAGAAGUUGAUUUCCUGAGACUACAAGUUAUUGAACAGCAAAACAUCAUUGAUGAACUCUCCAAGACCCUGGAGACUGCUGGCUAUGUGAAGAGUGUCAUGGAACGUGAUAAGCUGUUAAGGUUCAGGAAGCAAAGGAAAAAAAUGACAAGAAUUCCUAAGAAGCCGGUUGUGGAGACGUUUUAUGGCUACGAUGAAGAAGCUUCCCUGGAGUCAGAUGGUUCCUCCAUCUCCUACCAAACUGACCGGACAGACCAAACCCCCUGCACUCCUGAGGAUGACUUGGAAGAGGGCAUGGCCAAGGAGGAGACAGAGCUGCGGUUCCGGCAGCUGACCAUGGAGUACCAGGCCCUGCAACGAGCCUAUGCCCUGCUGCAGGAGCAGGUCGGAGGGACCCUGGAUGCAGAACGAGAAGUUAAGACACGUGAGCAGCUCCAAGCAGAAAUCCACCGGUCCCAGGCUCAGAUAGAAGACCUGGAGAAGGCCCUGGCCGAGCAGGGACAGGACAUGAAGUGGAUCGAGGAGAAGCAAGCACUCUACAGAAGAAAUCAGGAACUGGUAGAAAAGAUCAAACAGAUGGAAGCCGAGGAAGCUCGUCUGAAACACGAUGUCCAGGACGCGAAGGACCAAAACGAGCUUCUGGAGUUCAGGAUCUUGGAGCUGGAAGAGAGGGAGAGACGGUCCCCUGCCAUCAACUUCCUGCACGGCCCGUUCACGGAGGGGAAGAGCCCCCUCCAGGUGUACUGCGAGGCAGAAGGUGUAACAGACAUAGUAGUAGCAGAGCUGAUGAAAAAAUUGGACAUUUUAGGGGAUAACGCCGUAAGUAAUCUGACCAACGAAGAGCAAGUGGUCAUCAUACAAGCAAGGACUGUCCUCACGUUGGCUGAAAAGUGGCUUCAGCAGAUCGAGGUGACGGAGUCAGCGUUGCAGCAAAAAAUGCUGGAUCUGGAAAACGAGAAGGAGCUGUUCAGCAAGCAAAAGGGCUACCUGGACGAUGAGCUGGACUUCAGGAAGCAGUCCCUGGACCAGGCUCACAAGCAAAUUCUGGAAUUAGAAGCCAUGCUCUAUGAUGCCCUGCAGCAAGAAGCUGGAGCCAAAAUUUCCGAACUUCUUUCAGAAGAGGAGAAGGAGAAGCUGAAGAGCGCCGUGGAGCAAUGGAAGCGGCAGGUGAUGAGUGAGCUCCGGGAGAGGGACGCCCAAAUCCUGCGGGAAAGGAUGGAGCUCAUUCAGCACGCACAGCAGAGAAUUAAAGAGCUAGAAGAAAGAAUUGAAGGCCAAAAAAGACAAAUAAAAGAGUUAGAGGAAAAGCUUUCAUUCUCUGGUCAUAGCCCUUCAGGCCACAUGCACAAGCCUACUGAGGGAGACACAGCUGCUCCUGCUGUUAUUCCCAGGAAGACAGCCCUGCUUCCCGAGACCGAAACAGAGACAUUGCCCUUUCCACCCCCCCAAAUCUCUCUCAUACUUUGCUACUGGCAAUGGAAGGUACAAAUCCUUGUGACCCUUUCAGACUGGGGCUGGACCAGGGGGUGUGGAGAUCCCUGCACAGGCCACAUCCACACCACUGAAAUCCCUGACGGAGCGUUUGGAAAAGAUAGAACUGAGCUGACAACGAAAGCCCAAAAACUCUCCUCCUCCCUCUCCUACAGCCACAGGCUCCUUCCCUGAGUCCUGGCUCUGCUGCUUGAACUAACCUCCAGUGGAAUCCUGGCUCUGCUGCUGGACACAGCGCUUGGCUCUGUCAGGAGCGACAGAACUGAUUCAGAUACACUGAAUUAUUUUGGUUCCCUGCUAAGCAGGUGGCAAAUUGCUUCUGUGUAGAAGUGCCCGUGUCCCGUUUGUAUGUCACACAUUUAUAUUUGUUAUCCAUAGUUCCUUAAAAAUCUCUCUUGAAAGAAGACUUUAGGAAGAGUUCCAGAGGAGUAGCUCAUGACAAGAUGAAUAGGAGUGAAAAUGAAGCGGUUUGUUCCAAGGUAUUUCUCCGUAACACAGGGUUUGUCCCAUGGUUUGUUGAAUAUCCCAAGAGCCCGGUUUUGGGGGAAAAAUAUGAAGCUGCAUUCAGGAAAUCAAGUUGUAAUUUUUUUUUUUUUUUGAGUUUUCAGUAAACCAUGAUGAGCAAAAUGACACAAUAAUUUAUAAUUUGCUGUCCUUGAGUGACGAUAAAAGGCUAAACUUUGUCCCAGCAAAAAGUUCAACCUGUGAAGGAGUGAACUAAAACAAUUAUCCCUGAUCCACACGUGCUGGGCUGGGGGAGGCAGCAAGAGGGAGCAGAAGAUGUUGUCAAAUGGAAGAUGAUGUCAGCUGGAAAACGUCCUCACCUUGGGGAAAGGGAGCACAAAUCCCACAGAUCCCAAGCCCAGGAGGCUGGUGCAGGAACCAGGAAGGAAAAGGAAUCCUCUAGAAAAACAGCUGAAGAGGGGAAAUCCAGAAGAAAUUCCAGACUGUGAUAGACCACGUGGGAUCUGCAGCUGAGCACAGAAACACGGGGCUGUGGGGCAAGGUCAGGAACAACCUCCUGUUCACAGCCACAGCAAAGAUCCCAUCCCUGGGAGCACAGGGAAGGAAGGAGACAGAGCUCUGGGCAGGGAAAAUCCAGCAAUUGGCUAAGCCUAUGCCAACUUAGACUUAACUGAGAGCUGCUUAACACAACUCAGCAUAGCCCGUGGAAUGGAACUGAAAAUCCCAUGUGGGGGAGAGGAGCCCAGCUGUAGUUAAUUCCUGUGUUUGUUUUGUUCUGUAGGUACCUGCACUGCUUCCAAAGCUUGGCUGGAGUUUGUAAAGUUAUGAGGAGAACCCCUUGAUACUGAAAUUCUAAACCCUCUCCCUACACCAGUACACUGACCACCCCUUUUAACCCAGCACAGGGAGCUCAGCUGUGGAAACGGAAUUGAAUUGGUCAGAUGUGAUAUUUGUACUGGAUGGAUGCAACGUUUUAAGGCAAAGGUUGUGGAUUUUUAUGUCAGUAAAUGAUUAUAUUAUGGAAUUAAUUUAACAAACUCCAAUUCUACCAGAUCCUGAUACCAGUGCUGGGAUUCCAGGAUGAACUGCAUUUUCACUUCUGCAUUCUCACCUAAAACAGGUCCAUUUUGAGUUCUACUGAAACACUUCAUGUCUUAAAAACCAGUAUUUAGUGGAAGCCCUGCAGGUGAUAGUUGAGGUGUGUGCUAGGAAGUGGCUUGGGUCCAUCACAUGGCUCUUCACUCAGGCUGUGCUCUUGCCUGUUGUGUGUUUCUGUCUCAAGCAUCAGUUCUGUUUUCCCAUUGACUCGACUUCCUUAAUCCUGGGGGUUUUAAUUACAAAGCCAACUGUACAGGACAGGUCUGUGUGUAAAUAAGGGAUUGUGCUUAUCUAUAUGUCAAUAUAAAUAUGUAAGAAGUUUUGUACAUAGGAAAGAAGAAAUGGCUGCAAGAAUGUUUUCAGAACUGUUCGCUCCGUAUAAAUGCACAGAGGGGAUUGACAUCCAUGUGCUCCCUGACUCCACAGGAAGGGAUUCUGCUGGGUUCUCGGUCUCUGUCUGUGACCCCUCUGGGCUCUGUGUGAUGGGUUUGUUUGAUCAGUCCCUGGCCGUGGGUUGGGGCCGAGCUGGAGCCGGUGCUGUCCAUGAGAUGAGCUGUGUCGGGUCUCGGCUGCUCCCUCCUCACCUCUGGCUCUGGUGCAUCUUCUAAAACACGGUCUCCAAGCCACAGGACCGCGGCGUGGGGACAGUGCCCUCACCUGGGGGGUUCCUGCAGCCCCUCAGUGCAGAGGUACAGCAGCAGGAGGAGGGGGCCACCCCCUCACCCCAAACCCACCGCCACGUGCGUGUCAGGCCUGGACUUCUUGUUCAAGCUGUUGGAGGAUGUGGCUGUUAUUUCCAGUAUUCUGCUCUAUAAUAUCUGUAGCCUUCAGUGAUUCCUUGAGUGCCUUACACGGCUUGUGAACUGAAUUCCUGACCAGGAAGAGACAAUGCCCCUGGACCGGCGCCGGCUCCUUGGCCCCGGCAGCGUGUGUGUGUGCACAGGAACAGGUUUAGCUUCGACUCAGGAAAUCGCCCUGUGAAUACGUGUAUUAAACCCUGUAUGAUGUGUUGUACAGUUUAUAAAAAGGGAUUAUUGUAAACUUAUGCAAAACAUUAACGUGGAGAAAAUGGACUUUUUUGGCCCCCUGGCCGGCGUGACCUGUGUCCUCUAAUCCAACCCCAAAAUCAUAUCCAAAAGACAGAACAUUGAGUUCAGUGCUGCAACAGCCCGAAAACAGGGGCUGGAGCGAUCAAGUACAGAAUUUUACACAUAUUUUUGUAUUGUGAUUCCUAUGAUAUAUAUGGAGAGACUUUCUAUUCCUUUGUAAAAUACAUAAAUUAUUGUCAACUUUUAAUAAAAAGAUCUGUUUUAAACCUUCAAA